AGAAAGAGUCACAGAUAUGGCAGGACUUCAUUUCAAUUUUCACUUGUUGCUUCUGUUUGUGCUUCUUUUGGUAGCAUUUUCCAAUGUUGCAGAGUGUUACGGCCAUGCAAAGCUUCGUCCAACAGAUUGCAAGCCAAAGUGUACCUAUCGUUGCUCGGCCACAUCACAUAAGAAGCCAUGUAUGUUUUUCUGCCUCAAGUGCUGCUCCAAAUGUCUGUGUGUUCCUCCUGGGACUUAUGGUAACAAGCAGACCUGUCCUUGCUACGACAACUGGAAGACAAAGGAAGGAGGACCCAAGUGCCCCUGAAGCUGCAGCAU